AAUAUGGAAUGGAUGACUGUUGGUAGCUCUUUCCUCUGGCUCUCUUUGCCGCUCAUCACCUUCACCAGCUUCGCUUACUCUCUCCCCGCUCUAAUUUAUUCCCAAGCUCAAAUUCUCACACUGCUUUGCACUCUGCAGAGACGGAUUUUGUAAAGUUUGACUGACACCCAUUUGAAUAAACAACACAACAUAAUGGCUUCCACAAUUUUCAGAAGCCUUCAAACCCGCCCUUUUUGUUUCUACCCAAAAGCGUUGUUCAGAAGAAAGAAUGGAAUUCUGUAUUGCACAAUGCAAAACACACAAGCCCAAACAGCCACACAAGAGAAGCCCAUUACUAAAACUACCACUCCCGAGUUGAAAAAAGCUCCUGCCAAUUACAAAACGAUUGAUGAAAAAAUCUUGAAGGACUACGAGGCAAUCAUUGGGAUAGAAACCCAUGUUCAGCUUUCAACUCAAACCAAGGCCUUUUGCAGCUGUGCCUACAGCUAUGGUGCCCCACCAAACUCCGGCAUUUGCCCGGUUUGUAUGGGCCUUCCUGGAGCUUUGCCAGUUUUGAAUUCAAAGGUCAUUGAGUUUGCAAUCAAAGUGGGGCUUGCACUGAAUUGUAAGCUGUUUUUGAACUCCAAGUUUGAUAGGAAACAGUACUUUUAUCCGGACCUUCCAAAGGGGUACCAAAUAUCUCAGUUUGAUGUUCCAAUUGCGAGUGGAGGGUACAUUGAUAUUGAUCUUCCAGUGGAGUUUGGAGGUGGGCAUAGGAGGUUUGGCAUCACAAGGGUUCAUAUGGAGGAGGAUGCUGGGAAGCUUAUUCAUUCAGAGAGCGGAAGUUACUCAGAAGUUGAUCUAAACAGAGCUGGGGUGCCCUUGCUUGAGAUUGUCUCAGAACCUGAUAUGAGAACUGGUAUUGAGGCCGCAGAAUAUGCUGCAGAAUUACAGCGUCUGGUUCGAUAUCUUGGAGUUAGUAAUGGCAAUAUGCAAGAAGGGUCACUUCGUUGUGAUGUCAAUGUCUCAAUUAGACCAGUUGGACAAUCAAAGUUUGGGACGAAGGUUGAGAUAAAAAAUGUAAACUCAUUCUCUUCAGUGAGCAGGGCAAUUGAUUUUGAAAUUUCGAGGCAGGCACUUCUUUAUAGUCAAGGACAGGCUGAUGAAAUUGUACAGGAAACUCGACAAUGGGAAGAAGGUGCUCAGAAAACUGUUGAAAUGAGGAAAAAGGAAGGACUAGCCGAUUACCGAUAUUUCCCAGAACCAGACCUUCCGGGAGUUACCCUCACUCAAGAAUAUGUUGAUAAUAUUCGCAGUUCUCUUCCUGAACUUCCAGAAAUGAAACGACGGAGGUACGAAAAUAUGGGUCUAAGCAUGCAGGAUGUUCUGUUCCUAGCACAUGACAUGGAUGUUGCGGAAUUUUUUGAUGCAACUAUAGCAAAUGGUGCGGAAGUGAAGCUCACUGCCAACUGGAUAAUGAGUGAUAUUGCUGCUUAUCUGAAAAAUGAAAAGUUGACGAUCAGUGAGGUUAAGCUUACUCCCCAAGAGUUGUCUGAGUUGAUAGCUUCAAUAAAAGGUGGAACUAUUAGUGGGAAAAUUGGGAAACAGAUAUUGUUUGAGCUUCUGGAAAAGGGUGGAACUGUCAAGGGAAUCAUAAAAGAAAAUAAUUUGGUUCAGAUAGCAGAUCCUGUAGAAAUUGAGAAAAUGGUAGACAAGGUGCUUUCUGAGAAUCCAAAGCAGCUAGAGCAAUAUUGCGGUGGAAAGACCAAGUUACAAGGUUUCUUUACUGGCCAGGUUAUGAAAUUAUCCAAAGGAAAAGCAAAUCCAGGGCUUCUGAACAAGAUCCUCCUCGAGAAAUUAAACGCCAAUAGUUGAUAAGCAUCAAGGUGGUCACCCGAAACGGACAUCUCGUAUUCCCUCGUUCUGCCUUGUUCAGACAUGCACAGCUUGCGUUUUUUUUCCUGUCAUUUUGAAGUCCUUUUCUAGUUUCAUCACGAGAUAUGACCUUGCUACUGGAUAAUUAACUUCAUCUGUCAUACAAACCAGUAACGUCUCAACUAUCAGCUGAAGACCGGCGAAUAAAUUCUCUUGCUCAUUGCUGCCCGCCCCCCCCCCCC